AUGACGAGUCGCGAGUCAGGAAGAAUCAAAGAAGCGGAUAAAAAACGGGUUCUCGAUGAAGCCUCCAGGAAAAGGCGUGCCCGGAAGGCUCUGGAAGCCCUGGAACAGGACAAUUUCCAUGAUGAUCCUCAUGCAGAUUUGGUGAUGUCGAAGAAAAUCCCCAAAUUUCAAGACAACUUGGACACUUCGAAGAACAAAAAAGGCAAGAAGCCCAAAAAUGCUGAAUACUUCAAGGCAAAGUACCGAAAGACAUUUGCGCAGCUCCUGGAGGAGGAUAAAACCCUCCGACCGGAUCCUCCAAACUACGGAAGUGCCCAGGCGCCUCCAUCGAGAUUCCCGGAACGACAUUUUUGUGCUGUUUGUGGGUUUCCAUCGAAUUACACUUGUACUUCCUGCGGCACGAGAUACUGCUGCGUGAGGUGUUUAGGGACACAUCAAGACACCCGAUGCCUCAAAUGGACAGCCUAGAUAAUUAUCAAUUUGCCCCUGAUUGUAUUUUUCUGCCCCAAAUAAAAAAAUAUUCAACUUUUUUCAAAA